AUAGUGGGCCUGAGCGAUAGAGAAAGUGAGUACUGAUAUAAACUUGGAGAAAACAAAACAAAAGAAUGAAAUCAAGAGGGAAGAAGAGAAGCCGUAAAGAAAUGGAAAGCGAAAAUCCCAAUCCCGACGGUAACGCCACCGAAUUAAUUAACUCAUUCAUCGAAAUCACUUCUUCAACUCAACAAGAAGCACUUUUCUUUCUCGAAAGUCACAAUUUCGAUCUCGACGCUGCUGUUUCAUCUUUCUUAGACAACCACAUCGCCACCAUCCAUAACGACGAUAACAUUAUCCCUUUAAACGACACCAAUACUAACGUCGUUUCACCUUCCGAUUCACUUUCCCCUGAUUUUCAACCUUCUGAUUCUCCGUCACGGUCUCAAUCGCCGUCGCCUUCUCGUACUCCUUAUGAACUCCGAUCUCGACGCUCGAUUGGAAAGAAACCCUCUGGUAGUCGUCAAAGUGGAAUUCGAACUUUGCGUGAUGUGAAACGUGAUCAAGAUUCGAGGUCUGGUUCGGAUUCUGAAUCUGAUGAUCCGCAGGAAUAUUACACUGGUGGUCAGAAGAGUGGUAUGCUUGUCCAAGAUCCUACCAAGAAGGGUGGCAAUUCUGUAGAUGAUAUUUUUGAUCAGGCUAGACAGGUUGCUGUUGAUGCUCCUACUGAAAAUUCUUCAAGGUCGAGGAGUUUUACUGGAACUGCCAGAUUACUUUCCGGCGAGGCAUUGCCAUCUGCUCCUCAGCCAGUAGAGUCAAUUACACAUGUGGUCACUUUUUGGAGGAAUGGGUUCUCUGUCAAUGAUGGUCCUCUACGGAGGUUUGAAGAUCCACAAAAUGCAUCAUUCCUUGAGAGCAUAAAGAAGUCUGAAUGUCCCAAAGAGCUUGAACCAACUGGCCGGCGAAAUUCUGUCCGUCUCAAGCUCAUAAGGCGGGAUGAAAACUACCCGGAACCGGCAAAGCCACGCUAUACUCCUUUCCGGGGGGUUGGAAGAACUUUAGGUGACAGCAGCUCAAGUGGUGAAGCUGCUAGUGAACCUAUUCAAACAACUGCCAGUGCUUCCACAUUUACUGCUCCUGUGCCAGCACUGGGUCUAGUUGUAGAUGAGUCCCGGCCAGUGACAUCAAUCCAGCUAAGGUUAGCUGAUGGUACGCGAAUGGUUUCUCGCUUCAAUCACCACCAUACAAUCAGAGAUGUUCGAGCAUUCAUUGAUGCAUCAAGAUCCGGUGGAGUGACAAGUUACCAACUGCAGACAAUGGGGUUUCCUCCCAAACAACUUACUGAUUUGGACCAGACUAUAGAGCUAGCUGGUAUAGCCAAUUCAGUUGUUAUCCAAAAAUUAUAGGUUGUUUUCCCCAUUUUAUUUCCAAUCAAAUUGAAUUUACUAUCUUUAUGGAUAAACAUUGUUUGAUCUACUUUUGUGAAUUUCACAUAAUGUUCAUUGUUGGUAUAGUCCAUUUAGAAUUUGCUUUCAAGAAGAGAAAUUAUGCUAAAAUGGAGGUAUUGUUACUAGAAAAGCUAGUGCAGGAAUUUUCUUUGGUGUCACGAUCACACAAUAAUUUUUUUUAUUGUCUGCUUAGUAGAUAUUUUCAUGUUCCCUCCA